AAGACCAUCACCCAUCAUCACAAUACGCCGUCGCUCGCUGGUCGACACAUUUGCAUCUGUCCAUCUCGUCCAUUCAGCGCCUCACAUCACCAUACCGCCCGCCAUGGCGCUCGACACUUUCUUCCACAACAAAAUCGAGAGCAUGAAGCUCGAGAUCAUCCAGCGUCAAGCCGUCCUCCGCAGACUGGAAGCGCAAAGGAAUGACUACAACUCAAGAGUGCGCCUGCUGCGUGAAGAAUUGGGCCUGCUCCAACAGCCCGGCUCCUACGUUGGUGAGGUCGUCAAGGUCAUGAGCACAAAGAAGGUCUUGGUCAAGGUGCAUCCCGAAGGCAAAUACGUUGUUGAUGUCGCCGAUGACAUCGACAUGUCCAAGCUCACCGCCGGCAAGCGUGUCACCCUCCUCUCCGAUUCAUACAAGCUCUCAUCCAUGCUUCCCUCAUCCGUCGACCCUCUCGUCUCGCUCAUGAUGGUCGAGAAGGUGCCCGACAGUACCUACGACAUGAUCGGUGGUCUCGAUGAACAGAUCAAGCAAAUCAAGGAAGUCAUCGAGCUUGGUCUCAAGCACCCCGAACUCUUCGAAUCGCUCGGUAUCGCACAACCCAAGGGCGUCCUUCUCUACGGUCCUCCCGGAACAGGAAAGACAUUGCUGGCAAGAGCUGUUGCCCAUCACACCGACUGCAAGUUCAUCAGAGUUUCUGGUUCCGAGUUGGUGCAAAAGUACAUUGGAGAGGGCUCGCGAAUGGUGCGUGAGCUGUUCAUCAUGGCCAGAGAGCACGCUCCUAGUAUCAUCUUCAUGGACGAGAUUGACAGUAUUGGUUCCUCGCGUGUCGAGGGUUCGAGCGGAGGAGACAGUGAAGUCCAGCGCACUAUGCUGGAACUGCUCAACCAGCUUGAUGGUUUCGAGCCCACCAAGAACAUCAAGAUCAUCAUGGCCACCAACCGUCUCGACAUCCUGGAUCCUGCCCUCCUCAGACCUGGUCGCAUCGACAGAAAGAUCGAGUUCCCCCCACCAACUGUCGAGGCUCGUGCCGACAUUCUCCGCAUUCACAGUCGCUCCAUGAACCUGACUAGAGGUAUUAACCUGACAAAGGUCGCCGAGAAGAUGAACGGAUGCUCAGGAGCCGAGCUCAAGGGUGUUUGCACAGAGGCCGGCAUGUUCGCUCUCAGAGAAAGAAGAGUUCACGUCACCCAGGAGGACUUUGAUCUUGCCACGGCAAAGGUUCUCAACAGACACAACGACCAACAGGUUUCGCUCACCAAGCUAUGGAAGUAGACGGGGUUACACGCAUGCAAUGAAGGAACUGCGGCCAAAACGCGGCAGGGAGUACGGAGUUUGGGGAUCUACUCUAGUAAUUCAAAGAGAAGCAUGGCGUGGAAUUUGUACCAUAGAAAGCAAGCGGCAACUGCUGCAAGCAUACUUCAUGAACCAGUUUACCUU